AUCCGGCCUGUCGCGAACUUUUCGUACACUUUCGCAACGUACGAAAGCGCGCUGCUUCAACCCAACAGUGUGGCCGCAUACAUGAAGGCACAUAGACGGCGCUGUUGUUGAAGCGAUUGGGCAAAUUCUUAUACCCUAACAUGGAGCAGCUUGGGCGAUCCGCCAGACCUCUAGCAUUGUACCGCAGCCUCUGCGCGUCUUGCUGUCCUACGACACCCAGGAAAUCGCUGCAGUUAGGUUCGGAGAGACCAGGGCUCCAGAACAGUGACCGGAUACAGCGACGCUUCAAGGGCUACAUUGCGCCGCCUGGCCAUCAGGCAUACCCUAUUGAGGGCUAUUAUGCAGAAAUCCUCAAGAAGCCUGUAUCUAAAAGCUCCCCCGCACCACGUACCGCCACCUCGCCGCCUCCGCCCGCAUGGGAAUGGCUCCCCAAGACGGGCGAAGAAGAGACCCUUACAAGAGCAAGCAAAUUCUUCGGUUCGGUGGCAGGACCAGAAGAAAGGAGGAAAGAAAUAGACGCCGCCUCACACGAGAUUGCCGGUGUCAUCGUCCCGCCCAAGCCCGAAGAACCAGACAAUUGCUGCAUGUCUGGCUGCGUGAACUGCGUAUGGGACAUGUACAGAGACGAGAUGGAAGAAUGGGCGGCGAAGAGUACCGAAGCUCGUGCCAGAAUGCAAGCUCAACGAGAACGUGGACAAGGGAGUGGAAGCAUAAUAGCGGGCAAGGACACGCCCACACACAUCGCAACGAGCAUGGACGAUGACGGCGGGGGCAGCGAAACGAAUUGGGUUGCGCCAGCAAGCCAGGAUGCCUUGUUCGACAAUAUACCCGUAGGCAUACGAGAGUUCAUGCGGACGGAGAAGAAGCUGAAGGAGAGACAAAAGGGGCGUGCAGCAGCAGCAUAGCGUGAAUUACCCAAUACCCAUGAU